AGUGGCUGCUCGCCCUGCUCAUUUGCAUAUGUUAAUUCGUGGUCACGUGGGCGCAGUGCCCGCUGAGAGUUGCCUGCCUUGGGUCUAAGAUGGAACCUGUGAUGGGGAAGUCUACAGGACACAAAUGAAAAUUAGAGCAAAUGACGGGGUUUCACAGAAAACCUGGAAAUGGCUCCAGUUAAAAUUAAAUAUUGUGUAUCUUUCACAUCUCAGGAUCCUAAGUUCCCGGUGGAGAAUCUGCUGCAGGAAGAAGACCUUCGGCCUUGGCUCAGCUCUCCCCAGGAUCGGAGCCGGCAGCUAAAAGCAGAGCUUCAGUUGGAACAAGCAAGUCGCGUUGGCUUCAUUGAUGUGGGAAACUGUGGCUCUGCCUUCCUUCAGAUAGAUGUGGGAAGAUCCUCCUGGCCUCUAGACCAGAGUUACCUUACUCUGUUGCCCACCACCACCUUGAUGAUGCCAGCAGACUCUAAGCUGGAUAAGAAUCGUUCAGGGGUCCGGAUGUUUAAAGAAGGAGACUUCCUGGCUUCUGCUCUGGGUGAGAAGUGGGAUCGCAUCAGGCUCACGUGUAGCCAGCCCUUCAACAAACGCACCCAGUUUGGCCUCUCCUUCUUACGAAUCCGCACUCUGCUGGACAUUGACGACAGCAAAGCAGGCCCAGCCUCUUUUCCUAGUCAGGCUCCACCUGAGCCCACCAGUAGUCCGUGGCUCUCCAGUGCAGCCUUUUGCAGAACAUUCUUCCCAGAGGUCCCGUCGAGCACCAAGGAGGAAAUGGGGCUGAAAAGCCGGCUGCAGCAGCUGGAUCCAUCCUCCAGCCCUGGAUCUCAGGGUCCAGCCUGUAUGAGCCGCCCAGCCAGAAUGGUGAUGAAGGCAGCCUGUGCCCGCAAAAGAGCCUUCCCCCUGGUGGCUGGCUCCACCCCUCCUGCUGCAGAGAACAAAGAGGCUGGGCAGGCCCAGUGUGCGGCUCAGGGGCCAGUGGCAUCGCGAUCCAAGCAGGAAUUGUCAGUAAGAAGAGGUGGUAUGAAAACAAAUCGGAGGAGGGGAUUGCACAGCCAUUUGAGGAGCAGGUCUGUGGCAGUUUCUUCCGCCAAGCCUAGGAACAAUUCUGAAAGGGACAGGGGAGCCCCAGGACAGCAGGGAAGGCUGUGGAAUAUGGAAGAUGAAGAAGAGGAGGAGGAAGGGAGAGAGAACUGGCCAGGAGAGAGAGAUGUGGUGUCGGAUACAUGUCCCAUCUGUGCUGGUCACUUCCCCUACAGUCUCUUACUAGUCCAUGCCUCCAGUUGCGGAGAAGAGGACUUUGAAGCAAGCAUUUCCUCCUCAUCUCCGCCAUCUUGGGAAGAACCUGCAGAGGCCUGGAUUCCCUGUCCCAUCUGCCAGUACCGUUUUCCUGCUGCUGAGGUGGAGAGUCACGCUAGCACCUGCGGGGAGCUGGGGGAGCCCCUGGUCAACAGCCCCUCCUGGCUGUGGCAGGGCAUGUGCAGCAUUGUGAUGAGGCUGCGUCACACUCCAUGUCUUGUCUGGCGGCUCCUCCCUCCCAAGCUGCGGAUUCAAUCAGGCACAGCAGAAAAGGCACUCGGGAAAGCCAGGAACGUAAUUACUGAGCAGCAACCCAACUGGAAGGAAAUCGUAAACAAGAAGUUAAAGUUCCCGGAAGGCCUCCUCAGCGCCAUUCAAGAUGGGCACCUGGCGAAGGUCCAGCAGCUUCUGCAGGUGAGCGACGGGAUCCUGAGGCAGCUGGAUGAGACAGAGGACCGGACAUGGCGAGAGGCUCUCAACCUGGCCAUCCGCACAGGCGGGGAGGAGAUCACCAAGACGUUACUGCGCAUUGUCAAGUUUGACUUCCGGCAGGUCCACGAGGCCUUGCUGGUUGCCGUGGAUACCAACCAACCCAACGUAGUCAAGAUGCUGCUGGAUCGGCUUGACCAGGAGAAGGGCCUCAAGAUGGACAUCAAGUCCUUCUCGUCGGCCUUCUUUGACAACUCCAUCGACAACUCGCGCUUCGCCCCCGGCGUGACGCCCCUCACUUUGGCUUGCGAGAAGGACCUGUACGAAAUCGUGGAGAUGCUGAUGAAGAAAGGGCACACCAUCCCCCGGCCGCACAAGGUCUCGUGCGCCUGCCUGGAGUGCUCGAACGGCCGCAAGUUCGACCUGCUCAAGUUCUCUCUGUCGCGCAUCAACACGUACAAGGGCAUAGCCAGCCGGGCCCACCUCUCCAUCGCCAGCGAGGACGCCAUGUUGACUGCCUUCAAGCUCAGCCGCGAGCUCAAACGCCUCUCAAAGAAGGAACCCGAAUUUAAGCCAGAGUACCUGGCCCUGGAGCAGCUGUGCCAGGAGUUUGCCUUUGAGCUGCUGGGGAUGUGCCGCAACCAGAGCGAGGUGACGGCCGUGUUGAAUGACCUGGCGGAUGACUCUGUUGACGACGAUGAAGCGGACGUUGAUGACCAGGCCUUUGAGGAGGGGAUCCCCAACUUGGCGAGGCUCCGCCUGGCCGUCAACUACAACCAGAAGCGUUUUGUGGCUCACCCCAUCUGCCAGCAAGUGCUGUCAUCCAUCUGGUGUGGAAGCCUCCAGAGCUGGCGGGGCAGCAACAGCCUCUGGAAGCUCUUCAUCUCCUGCUCCAUCUUCGUGGCGAUGCCGUUCCUCUGCCUGAUCUACUAUCUUGCCCCCAAAUCCAAGGCUGGCAAAAUACUGAAGAUCCCAGUGAUCAAGUUCCUGUUGCAUUCAGCCUCGUAUGUCUGGUUCCUGGUUUUCCUGCUGGUGGAGUCGCUGGUCCUGGAGUACCACCAUGAGUCCUUCUCGGGGCGGAACCAGAGCAUGUGGGAGACUUCGCUCCACAUGAUAUGGGUGGCAGGUUUCUUCUGGUUUGAGUGCAAGGAGGUCUGGAUUGAGGGUCUGCGUAGCUACCUCUUGGACUGGUGGAACUUCUUGGACAUUGUCAUCCUCAGUAUGUACCUGGCCUCCUUCGUCCUCAGACUCCUGAUAUUCCUCAAGGGCCGUGUUUUCUGCCUGGAUGCCCAAGCGCCCUCUCCAGAAUGCCGUUAUUAUACUGAAGCUGAUCGUGGGGAGUGGCACACCGAAGACCCCCAGUUCAUGGCCGAGGUGCUCUUUGCAGUGACCAGCAUGCUGAGUUUCACCCGCCUGGCUUACAUCUUGCCCGCCCACGAAACCUUGGGGACGCUGCAGAUCUCCAUCGGCAAGAUGAUUGAUGACAUGAUUAGGUUCAUGUUCAUCAUGAUGAUCAUCUUGACUGCCUUCUUGUGCGGGAUGAACAACAUCUACGUCCACUACCAAGUGUCUGAGCGGCUGGGGAGCUUCAAUGAGACUUUCCAGUUCCUCUUCUGGACCAUGCUUGGGAUGGAGGAACACAAUGUGGUCGACAUGCCCCAGUUCUAUGUGGCUGAGCUGGUGGGGAGGGUGCUCUAUGGGGUCUUCACCAUCGUCAUGGUGGUCGUCCUCCUCAACAUGCUCAUUGCCAUGAUCACCAGCUCCUUCCAGAAAAUUGAGAACGAUGCCGAUGUGGAAUGGAAAUUUGCACGCUCCAAGCUCUACUUGUCUUUCUUCAGGGAAGGCUUGACCCUGCCAGUUCCCUUCAACAUCAUCCCAACACCAAAGGCCAUCUUCUACGUCAUCAGGGGCCUUUUCCGCUUCCUCUGCUGUUACAAACCGAAGCGGCAACAGAAAUAUCCCCCGCUCCCAACCAUUUGUAACCCAUCCAUGGAGGAAGGCGGCCUGCGUGCGGAGAGCCGCGCUGCCUACCGGCGCCAGGUGCUCAAGGCGCUAGUGCAGCGCUACAUCGACACGGCCAGGCGGGAGUUUGAGGAGAGCCGGAGGAAAGAUCUGGGGAACCGCCUGACUGAGCUGAACAAGUCCGUGCUGCGCCUCCACUCUGAGAUGAAGCAUCUGCGCCGCACCGUGGCCGACAAUGGCAAAGCGGCCAACCCCCUGGACGGGGCCAGCGUGCUGCACAAGUACAUCAUGAAGGUGCGCAACAGCUUCCAGAGCUACGACCAUGACACAGGCAGCUCGGGACAGGGGUCUCCUGUGGAGGUCGUUGUGCACCAGGAUGGGGUCAUAGUUGAGGAGGGUGAAACUCCAUUGCCUCAGGAACAUGUUGGAGGUGAGGUGGAAGCUGAAGAGAGGCCUCAGGUGGAACCAGAGGAGAAGCUGCCCCAGGUGGAACCAGAGGAGAGGCCACCUCAGGUGGAACCAGAGGAGAGGCCACCUCAGGUGGAAGAUGAAGAGAGGUCACCUCAGGUGGAACCAGAGGAGAGGCCACCCCAUGUGCAAAUAGAGCUGGCAAUGGAAGAGGAGCCUGCAGAAGAGCCCGAUACUUGAUUUGCCUUUCCCCAGAAGAGGGCCAAUCUGUCCUGUUCUCAGCUGGGAUCUGCUGCAGUGUUCAGGGUGGCAUUUCCAGGGUGGCUGGACAGCCACCUGUCGGUAUGCUUUCAUUUGGAUUGGGGGCUGGACUCGAUAGCCUUAUAGGCCCCUUCUGGCUGUACUAGUCUAUGAUUCCUUAGCAGCAUAGGCCAAAGUCAUGCUAAUAAAUAGGAUGCACACAGGAUGCAUGCGCAGAGCAAUGCAAUGUCCUUUCUUAAGCCAACAUCCUUUGGCAAUGGAAUAUGGAAGCGUUCAACUGGUACAGGGCUCUUUCCUGGCCGGAAUGGGAAGGCCGUGAAGUUCUCCCCUGCAGAGGCAGCGUCCUCCGCAAACCAGCAGCCGGAGGAUGGGAGAGGAGGAGUAUGCCAAGGGCAGCCACAACUCCAUUUAACAAAAGUGCUUCUAGUCCCCACUGAGGCUGGGACUCUCCCAAAUAGUCGUCAAGGGGAGACACCCACCUACCCACCCAUGCAAAAAUUGCACUACAGGAACUGAACUUUUGUGAACAGAUUAUGUAAUGUGUGCAUCUGGCUUCCUUACAUUAAGUUUAUUAAUCACGUAAAUGGAUGCUAUUAACUACAGUCA